AUGGAGCUGACUCAACGUGCUAGCGAUGGAAUCCAUCUCGACGUUGGCCAAGGCUCUUCGUCACCACCACCGACCCUGCAAGCUGACAUACGCGUACGACCCAUCACAAUCCGAUUCACCGAACCUGGCGUCCGCGAUCUACGUCUCCAUCUGCAUUCAAUCACAUCUCUACGUGCGGUCCCGUUCAAGCGCUCCGAUAUCCAUGUGCAUUCAGGUCGACCAGAGCAGCGGCUUAUCUUCGACUUUGAUACCGAGGACCAGCAAACUGUCGCAACACGAGCACCAACGUCUCACCAAGAGGACUUCAGGGAGGAAGAUGAAUUGGUCCGCGAUGUGAUCGAAUCGUUGAGCGCAGACGGGCUUAUGGGCGGCGAUUCGAGUCGACAGACAUUACGAGAUCUGGCUCUAGAUGAUGAUGCACAUCGUGCAGGAAAGAGUGGCGUGAAUGACGAGUCUGCAGAGCAUAGCGAUGCGGAUGAAGAGGCGCGAAGCAAUGGGCUUGCGAACGAAGAGGAUAUCGAGCGCGGUACGGUGGAGAUGAAAGAGAUGAGCCUUGGAGAAAUGGUGGAUUGGCUGAGCGCAAAAACGAACGAGGUCAUAAGAGGCGAUGGCAGCGAUGACAGCGGUACAACCCCGUUCAACGCGCAAGAAGGAGGCAAGGGAAAGAAGCGCGAGCCAACGUGGUAUUCCGACCACAUCCGUCUCACCAUCCGCACCGCCCGCGUCGUCUAUAUCCAAUGCUCUGUUGGCGAGCUCUCCACCCGACCCUCCCAUCCACUACCUUCGAACGCGCUGACGAAUCCUCUGAUUGACAUCAACUCCUCCGAUCUAGCCGUCCCCGACGCACCUGAAGUCGACCGCUCCACCUCCCCCACAUCGCGCAACCGCGGCUUCAACCGAUUGCUCGACGCCGGACUCACUCACGACGAGAUCUCCACCAUCCGAGCCCAAUUCCGCACCUCACAUCCUCUCCAUACAUCCUACGACCUGAUACAAGAGCGCGAGCAUGCACAACAUCUGCUCGAGAUGGAAGAAUCAUGGAUGGAUACCUUCAACGCCACCACCAACGACGGCGGGGGAUUGGGUGAUUUUGGCGAACCAGCUUCCUCAGCGGAAGCAUACACAACCGUGAUGCAAGGUCUCAUGGUAGGGUUCUUCGUGCCUCCUCUUAUCCCGCUGUUUUGGUUUCGGCACAAACCGCAUCCCUCUUCCCUGCCGUCUGCUGCAAUGCGCCAGGAAGAUGACGAAAACGACGAUGACGACGAGCAACAGUGGGAGAUGGAAUGCUCAGAAAUGUCGACGGAAAGCGUGUUUGGAAGCACCAUGCAGAUUUCCAUCCUGUACGGAUUGGUGGCGAACCUCAUCAUGGGCAUCUUCCGAUACGUCUGGUGA